AGAAUUUCAAAGGAACUUGCCGAGAUUUCUCUUGACCCUCCUUCAAACUGCAGCGCUGGACCCAAGGGUGACAAUCUUUAUGAUUGGGUCUCCACAAUUGCUGGACCUGCUGGAUCACCUUAUGCAUCCGGAAUCUUCUUUUUGGAUGUGAACUUUCCUCAAGAGUAUCCCUUUAAGCCACCAAAGGUUGUAUUCAGAACCCGUAUCUAUCAUUGUAACAUCAAUAGCCAAGGAGCUAUUUGCCUAGAUAUCCUUAAGGAUAAUUGGUCGCCAGCAUUGACAAUUUCUAAAGUCCUGCUAUCCAUUUGCUCUCUCUUGACUGACCCUAAUCCUCAUGAUCCUUUGGUAGGAAGUAUUGCACAGGAAUACUUGACUGACCGUGAAGAACAUGAUCGAGUGGCACGAGAAUGGACAAAACGGUAG